GAUUGGCGGGCGGGGACCCGGCGCUGGCGGGCGCGCCAAUGGGCUGGCGCCGCGUCCGGGCCGGGGGUUGAGCGAGGCGCCGGGGCCGCCGCAGCAGCCGGAGCCGGCGGGCCGGGCCGGGCCGGGCCGAGCGGGAGGAGGAUGGCGGCGGCGCGGGGGCCGUGCUGGGCGCUCGCCUGGCUGCUGCUCUGCUGCCGCCUGCCCGCCGCGGGGUCCGUGGCCGUGAUGUCGGUGGACGUGGGCAGCGAGUCCAUGAAGAUCGCCAUCGUCAAGCCUGGCGUGCCCAUGGAGAUCGUGCUCAACAAGGAGUCCCGAAGGAAAACACCUGUGGCAGUUUCUUUGAAGGAGAACGAACGUCUCUUUGGCGACAGCGCCCUCGGGAUGGCCAUACGCACGCCCAGGGUGGCGUUCAGGUACUUCCAGGACCUGCUGGGGAAGCGGAUCGAUAACCCCCACGUGCUGCUGUACCGGUCCCGGUUCCCGGAGCACGAGCUGCUGAAGGACGAGAGGAGGCAGACGGUCCUUUUCAAGCUCUCCCAAACCGUGCGCUAUUCUCCCGAGGAGAUGCUGGGGAUGGUCCUGAACUACUCGCGCGGUCUGGCUGAGGAGUUUGCAGAGCAGCCCGUCAAGGACGCGGUGAUCACGGUCCCUGCGUUCUUCAGCCAGGCGGAGCGCAGGGCGGUGCUGCACGCCGCGCGCAUGGCCGACCUGAAGGUGCUGCAGCUCAUCAACGACAACACGGCCGUGGCGCUCAACUACGGCGUGUUCCGCAGGAAGGACAUCAACGCCACCGCGCAGAACAUCAUGUUUUACGACAUGGGAGCAGGCAGCACCGUCUGCACUAUUGUUACGUAUCAGACCGUGAAGACGAAGGACGCGGGAAUCCAACCUCAGCUGCAGAUCCAGGGCGUCGGGUUUGACCGUACCCUGGGAGGUCUGGAGAUGGAGCUGCGUCUCCGGGACUACUUGGCGAAACUCUUUAACGACCAGCACCCCUCCAAGGACGUCCGGCAGAACGCGCGGGCCAUGGCCAAGCUGCUGAAGGAGGCCAACCGCCUGAAAACCGUCCUGAGCGCCAACGCCGACCACAUGGCGCAGAUCGAGGGGCUAAUGGAUGACAUCGACUUCAAGGCCAAGGUCUCCAGGCAGGAGUUUGAGGAUCUGUGCUCCGAUUUGUUCCAGCGCGUGCCGGGACCCGUGCAGCAGGCUCUGAGCAGUGCGGAGAUGAACAUGGACGCAGUUGACCAGGUGAUCCUAGUUGGUGGUGCCACGCGUGUCCCCAAAGUGCAGGAGGUUUUGCUGAAGGCUGUGGGCAAAGAAGAGUUGGGCAAGAACAUCAACGCGGACGAGGCGGCCGCCAUGGGUGCCGUGUACCAGGCGGCCGCGCUGAGCAAAGCCUUCAAGGUGAAGCCUUUCGUCGUGCGGGACGCCGCCGUGUUUCCCAUCCAGGUGGAGUUUACCCGAGAAGUAGAGGAGGACGACAAAUCCAAGAGCUUAAAGCACAACAAGAGGAUUUUGUUCCAGCGCAUGGCGCCCUACCCGCAGCGCAAAGUUAUCACCUUCAACCGCUACACCGACGACUUCGAGUUCUAUGUCAACUAUGGAGAUCUGUCCUUCCUGAGCCAGGACGACCUGCGGAUUUUUGGUUCUCUCAAUCUCACUACGGUGAGGCUGAAGGGAGUUGGGGAGAGUUUCAAGAAGCACUUGGAUUAUGAAUCCAAAGGAAUCAAAGCUCACUUCAACAUGGACGAGAGCGGAGUGCUGAGUCUCGACCGGGUGGAGUCUGUGUUUGAGACCGUGGUGGAAGACAAGCUGGAGGAGGAGUCCACGCUGACAAAGCUUGGAAACACCAUCUCGAGCCUGUUUGGGGGUGGCGGCCCCGCGCCGGAGGCUGGCGAGAACCUGACGGACGCGGUUCAGGAGGAAGAAGAGAGCCUGGCAGAACCGGGGAAAGACGAGCAAGGGGAGAAACAAGACCAGAAAAGCGAAGCAGAAGAUGCCGGUGAGGAGCAGGGGGAAGAGAAGCAGCCGUCUCCGGGUCAGGCAGAAACCGCCGCUCCGCAAGCGGAGUCGGAGAAGAAGGAAGAAGGCGAGAAAUUGGAGUCUCAGGAUCCCAAAGAAAACAGAGAAACUGUGAAAGAGGAAGAACCGUCCAAAAGUUCUGGUGACAGCACAGCGACCAAAACAGAAGAAGAGAAGAAGAUCAAAGCACCCAAGAAGCAGAAGUUUGUCCAUGAGAUCACCAUGGAGCUGGAUGUAAAUGACGUGCCUGACCUGCUGGAGGACGACCUGAAAAGCUCGAUGAAAAAGCUCCAAGACUUGACAAUAAGAGAUCUAGAGAAACAGGAAAGAGAAAAAUCGGCCAACAGCUUGGAGUCGUUCAUCUUUGAGACCCAGGACAAGCUUUACCAGGAGGAGUACCAGUUUGUCUCAACGGAAGAGCAGAGGGAUGAAAUUUCCAGAAAACUUAGCGAGGCUUCCAGCUGGAUGGAGGAAGAGGGCUAUGCAGCUGCAACUAAGGAGCUGAAGGACAAGCUUUCAGAGCUGAAGAAGCUUUGUAGGAACCUCUUCUUCCGUGUGGAGGAGCGGAGGAAGUGGCCGGAGCGCCUGGCUGCCCUGGAGGGUCUGCUCAACCACUCCACCAUCUUCCUCAAGGGAGCCCGAAUGAUUCCAGAGUCUGACCAGAUAUUCACGGAAGUGGAACUGAGCACGUUGGAAAAAGCCAUCAAUGAAACUACGAUUUGGAAAAACGAGACACUGGCUGAACAGAACAAGCUCCCUCCUACUGAGAAACCCGUCCUGCUCUCCAAAGACAUCGAGCUCAAGAUCGCUGCCCUGGACAGGGAGGUGCAGUAUCUCCUGAACAAGGCCAAGUUUGCCAAACCCAAGCCCAAAAAGGAGAAGAACACCACGAAAACCGAUUCGGGCAAGAACGGUACAGCAGCCUCUGAGACCGAGACCACUAUCCCUCCCACGGAGGGGAAACCAGAAGACAAACCCGAGGACGUGGGUCCGGCGGCGGAACCUCCUGCAGCUGAGCGCACAGCGACAGACGCCGAGCCGGGGCCGGACUCUGGGUCCAAAAAAGAGAAGACAGAAGCUGGAGGAGAAAGCAGGAAAAACGAUGAGUUGUAACAGCCCUGAAAUCCCGCUGCUGUCAACAUCUAUUUAUUUCAUGGUUACUUUCUUGUUUUUAUAAUGAACCUGGUUAGUCAUGAUGUAAAUGGAACGCAACAAACAGCCCAGCAACAAAACGGGAUAGAGAUGUAAAUUUUAUGUUUUCUUUCUGGGGAAUUUGCCGCUACUAACUUAGCAAAUUGGGUUUUUUGUUUAUUGUUUUCUUACGUGUUGAAAGGUGGCAGAGCGCCCGCCGACAAGUGUCUCAGUUUCAGUGUGGGAGUCGCCACAGUGACUUUUCCGUGGAGAGAAAGCUGUAAAGAAACAUCUUAAGCUUUAGGAAGUAAUUCUGAACGAAGCGCCGGGGUGACGGGAGCCUGGGCCCUGGUUGUUGUCUGUUCGGUGUCUGUGCCCGUGAGGGUCUCGCGUAUGAAGCGCGGUGUCGUCUGAUCGGAGUUGUUCCCGGUUGGGUUCGCAGGAUGAGCAGAGCGGGAGAGCUUUGUGCUUUGAGAUACAGCAUCUUGUCCGCAGACUCUGCUUGGGCCGGUCUCGACCUGCAGCAAGGUCUGAAAACCUUGAACUGAACGCGAGAGGAAGAUUUUGUGUAUAGUUUGCUAUAAAACGAAGAGCUCAGAAGCGGCGACACUGGAUGGGGAGGAGGACAGGAGAAGGUGUUGGCGCAUCCCGCGGUCAGGGCGGGCGCGGUGACGGACACCGGGGCGGCGAGGGCUUCGGUGACAACUCAGCGGCCCCGCUCAUCGUCACCCCGCUCGUCCCCGUGUGGUGUGCUCGGGCUGGCCUCGGGGAGCCCCCGUGCCCGCGGCCCCUGCGGCCGGGGCGCACCCCGGUGCCCGAGCACCUGCUGUCGUGCUGCCUUUUGGCCUUUUGGACCGAAAAUAAACACCGCACUCCCCGGCGCGCUCUGGAAA